CAUUUGACAACAGCGAUGGAGUUCAGACAGAGCAGAGGCAGAGGAGGCAGCUGGAAAAGAGGCGGCCGGGGGGGAACCCAAGGCGACAGUUUGGGCGGUGAACACCGGGGCAGAGGGAGAGGAGGGCAGAACCGUGGCCGAGGAAAACGAGACCACUACCGGGGCCGAGGACGCGGGGGAAGCGGACCUGCUGCGGAGUUCCAUCCCCGGGAUCAACAUGAAGGAGACAACUUUCACGAGGAAGACAACAGUAUGGAGGUUUUCUCCAGGAGGAAACUGGAGUCGAAUUGGGAUCGUUACGAAGCGUCAGAGCGGCAGGAGCCUGAUGAUGAAACACCUGCUCAGAGGGGAACGGACUACCACGUCCUGAUGGAGUCAGCAGGGGAUUCCUUCACUCAAUUCCGGUUUUCCGAAGAAAAGGACUGGGAGAUGGACUCCUCUGCAGCCAGUCAGAUGUCUGCAGUGUUCGUGGACCUCCCGGCGCUCGCCCAGACCCUCCAACAGGUGCCUCUCCAUCAGAGACUCAACCUGGAGGCGGAGCUGCUCCAGGUCUCGACACCAGUAGAGCUGCCCACUAUGACCCUCCCUCACAAAAAGGAGAUUCCCAGAAUAUCCACAUUCACUCCUCCGCCUGCAGCUUUGAAAGUCCCCUGCUCCGACCAGAAAGUCCCCGUGGCUACAAACCCAGCGACGGGCUCUCACUCGCAGGUUCCCUCGCUGGUGGAGGAUGACGGGGAUGAAGAGCUGGACCAGCUGCUCAGUCUGCAGAAACCAGUUCCAGGAAACCAGUCCGUCAAUGUGGGGGAGAGGACGGUUCCAGAGAGAGAGCGUGAGGAAGUGAAGGAGGUGACAGAAGAGAGGAUGCAGGAGGUGAAAGACAAAGACGUCACACCUCCCAAAUCUGCAUCUGUCAAGCAGGAAAUGACGGAGGAAGACCUGGAGGACUGGCUGGACAGCAUGAUCUCCUGAACGUCAGGCACCAAGGAAAGGACUUAAUCAAAGAUGGAAGAUGAAUAAAAAAGGGGAAUGGACUUUAAUGUUCAGCCUGAAAGCCAUUUAUUUGCCGGACAGAUGUUUGUACAGGAAAGUGUGAGCUUCUUAUGAAGGCCUUUGCUUUAUUUAGCUGAGUUAAAAAUUGGUGGUUAAGUCAUUUGCUUAUUAGUUACCAUGAGUCUGUACUUCCGGUGUAGAGACAGGACAGUAUGUCUUUCUAAAAUGUGUCAAAAUGUUCCUUUUGCCCAGAGAGAGAAUCCUCUGUUCCCUGUGAAAGUAACACACCGCAGGAGUGUCAGGCGGCUCCCGCUGCACAAAGGGACGGAUUGGAAACGUUGCUUUAUUGCGUCAACUUCUUUAUUCAUUUCCUCCCCCUCUUCAAAAGAAAUGCAGAUUACCAAAGCUACUACAUACAUAAAAAUCACGAUAGCAUUUGAACUGUUUCGUCUUCAAUAAAUACUUAAACCAA